AUGUCCGGCAAAGAUCGCGUUCUCAAUGUUGACCAAGCCGGUGUUGUCGCUUCUAUCCUUUGCAACGAAUUCCUGCCCAUCAUACGCCAGAAUGACCCCGAGUUGUCUGGCUUCGCCGUCGUCAGGAAGUGGGUGUCCGACCGCCUGACCCUUCUUCUGUCUACCCAUCCCCUCUUCCUGACGGACGAACUAACAGAGGCACGUCUGCUUCGAGUGGCUGCCAAUACCCAUUUUCGCAACUUUUAUCACAGUCUUCGAGUAGAGGAUACUUCGCUUGGUGACUCGGUGUUGCACUAUGCUUCGACAAGGGUGAUGCGCACGAGGAGCGUUUCUCGCAAGGCUGGUUCGCAUACGGACCGCCUCUCGUUGCCAUCCCCUGUGGUCGGUGAAAACAAUGUAUUCAUCUCCCAGGGUUACAAGUUCAAGCUCAAGAAGCGGCUACAGACCAGCUGGUAUGUACACUUAAAGGACUAUCAGGACUGCGGUGGUUGUGUGAUUAAGCCAAGUAAAUUCAACGAUCGCAAGGAAAUCCUGUUGAUGACUAUCAUCGCACGCGACCCAGAGUGGCUGGCCAAUCAAGAGGAUAUGGCGAAAUAUGUCAUAGGUCGUCCACGAGAGUCUUGA